AUGAGCAGCAGCAGCCCGACGACGGCAACAACCACCAGCGGGAGCAGCCCAACGACAGCCACAACCACCAUCAGCUUCAGCCCGACGACAGCAACAACUACCAACAGGAGCAGCCCGACGACAGCCACAACUACCAGCAGCAGCAGUCCGGUGGGUGCCAAGGUGUCCUCCAAAAGCAAUAGCUUUACCACAGCCACCACCACCAGCAGCAGCAGCAAGGCGACCACGGCAUCAACCACCACCACCAGCAGCAGCCGAAGGACGGUCACAACUACCAGCAGUACCAGUCCCAGCAGCGCGACUACGUCCAGCAGCAGCAGCCCGAUUACAGCCACCACCUCAACCAGUAGCAGCCCGACGACGUCAACAACCAGCACCAGCAGCCCGUCGACGGCCACCACCAGCAGCAGCACCAGCCCGACCACGGCAACAAGGACCACCACCAGCAGCAGCUCGACGACGGCAAAAACCACUAGCAUGAGCAGCAGCAGCCCGACGACAGCCACAACUACCAGCAGCAGCAGUCCGGUGGGUGCCAAGGUGUCCUCCAAAAGCAAUAGCUUUACCACAGCCACCACCACCAGCAGCAGCAGCAAGGCGAUCACGGCAUCAACCACCACCAGCAGCAGCAGCCGAAGGACGGUCACAACUACCAGCAGUACCAGUCCGCCGACGGCCACAACUACCAGCAGCAGCAGUCAGGCGGGCGCCAAUGUUUUGUACAAAAGCAACAGCCGAACAACAGCCACAACUACCAGCAGCACCAGCCCGAGGAAAGCCACAACUACCAGCAGCACCAGUCCGACGACGGCCACAACUACCAGCACCACCAGCCAGAAAACGGCCACAACUACCAGCAGCACCAGUCCGACGACGGCCACAACUACCAGCACCACCAGCCAGAAAACGGCCACAAAUACCAGCAGCAUCAGUCUGGUGGGCGCCAAGGUGUCCAUCAGAAGCGACAGCCCGACUACGGCCACCACCACCAGGAGCAGCAGAAUGACCAGGGCAACAAGCACCACCACCAGCCGCAGUCCGACGACAGCAGGAACCACUACCAGCAGCAGCAGCCGUUCGACGACGGCAACAACUACUAGCAGCGGCAACAGCCCGACGACGGACAUUUCCACCACUAGAGUCAGGAGCCCGUCAACAGCCACAACCACCACCAACAGUAUCUACACGACGGCCACAACUACCAGCAGCAGCAGUCCGGCGGUUGCCAAGGUGUCAUCCAGAAGGAACAGCCUGAAGACGGCCUCAAUUACCAGCAGCACCAUCGCUACGACGGCCACAACUACCAGCAGCACCAGCACAACGACCGCCACCACCACCAGCAGCAGCAGCCCGACGACGGCCACAACCACCACCAGCAGCACCACUAGCAGCAGCAGCAGCCCAGUGGCGGCCAAAACUACUACCAGCAGCAGUCCUUCAGCGGCAACAACUACCAGCAUAAGCAACUUGGCGGCUGUCAAGGUAUCCUCCCGAAGAAGCGGCACGACGACUGCCACAUCUACGAGCAGUAGAGGCCCGGCGACGGCCACAACCGCGAGCAGUAGCUGCCCGGCGACGGCUAUGACUAUCAGCAGCAGCAGACAGGCGGUGGCCAAGGUAUCCUCCAGCAGCAGAAACCCGACGAGGGCCACCACCACCACCAUAGAAACCAGCAGCAGCAGCCCGGCGGCCGUCACCAUUACCAGUAUUAGGAACUCAACUGCGGCCAAGAGUUUGUUAAGCAGCAGCCCGAUGACGGCAACAACUACCAACAGCACCAUCGCUACGACGGCCACAACCACCACCAGCAGCAACCCGACGACGGCCACAACCACCACCACCAACAGCAGCCCGUCGGCGACCACCAGCAGCAGCAUCAGCCCUUCGGCGGCCACAACUACCAGCUCGGCGGCUGUCAAGGUAUCCUCCAGCAGGAGCAGCCUGAUGACGGCGGCAAAAACUACCAGCAGCAGAGGCCCGACAACCGCUACAACUACGAUCAGCAGCGGCCCAGCGACGGCCAUGACUACCAGCAGCAGCAGCCGGGCGGUGGCCAGGGCGUCCGCCAGCAGCGGCCCUACGAGGAGCACCACUACAACCGCCACCACGAACAGCCCUGCGGCGGACACAACUAUUAGUAUCAGCAGCUCAACAGCGGCCAAGGUGUCCUUAAGCAACAGCCCGGGGACGGCCUCAACUACAAGCAACACCAUGGCUACGACGGCUACAACUACCAGCACCACCAGCACAACAACUGCUACAACCACCAGCAGCAGCAACCCAAGGAUGGCCAUAGCCACCACCACCACCAGCAGCAGCAGCCCGGCGGCGGGGUCCACCACCAGCAGCAGCAGCCUUUCGGCGGCCACAACUACCAGCAUAAGCAGCUCGGCGGCUGUCAAGGUAUCCUCCAGCAGAAGCAGCUCGACGACGACGACAACUACCAGCAGCACCAGCCCAACGACUGCCACAACAGUCAGCAGCAGCAGCCCAACGACGGCCACCACCGCCAGCAAGAGCAGCCUGACGACGGUCACAUUUACCAGCAACAGCAGCCCGGCGGCACUAACAAGUACCACCAAUAGAGGCCCGACGGCGAGCAAGGUAUCAUCCAACAGAGGCAGCUCGACGACGGCGGCCACAACAACCAGCAGCAGCAGUCUGGCAGGCGCCAAGGUGUCCUCCAGGAGAAACACCCCGACUACGGCCACCACCACCAGCAGCAGCAGCCCUACCACUGCAACAACCACCAACAGCAGUAGCAGCCCGACGAUGUCCACAACCAGCACCAGCAUCCCGUCGACGGCCACCAGCAGCAGCAGCGGCAUCAACAGCAGCAUGUUCACGGCAACAACAACCACCAGCAGCAGUAGCAGCAGAAUGACCAGGGCAACAAGCACCACCAGCAGCAGCCGUCCGACGACAGCAGAAAUCACUAGCAGCAGCAGCAGCCGUUCGACGACGGGAACAACUACUAGCAGCGGCAACAGCCCGACGACGGACAUUUCCACCACUAGAGGCAGGAGCCCGUCAACAGCCACAACCACCACCAGCAGCAUCCAUACGACGGCCACAACUACCAGCAGCAGUCCGGCGGCCGCCGAGGUGUCUUCCAGAAGCAGCAGCCCGACUACGGCCAGCAACAGCAGCAGGAGCAGCAGCAGCAGCAGCCCGAUCACAGCCACCACCUCAGCCAUUAGCAGCCCGACGACGUCCACAACCACCAGCAGGAGCAGCCCAACGACAGCCACAACUACUGCCAGCACCAGCCCGACGACAGCCACAACUACCAACAGCAGCAGCCCGAGGGCCGUAAAAUCUACCAGCAGCACCAGCUUGACGGCGGCAACAACUACCAGCAGCAGUAGUCCGGUGGGCGCCAAGGUGUCCUCCAAGAGCAGUAGAUUUACCACAGCCACCAGCAGCAGCAGCAGCAGCAGCGCAACCACGGCAUCAACCACCAGCAGCAGCAGCAGCCGGACGACGUUCACAACUACCAGCAGCACCAAUCCGACGACGGCCACAACUACCAGCACCACCAGCCAGAAAACGGCCACAAAUACCAGCAGCAGUAGUCCGGUGGGCGCCAAGGUGUCCACCAGAAGCGACAGCCCGACUACGGCCACCACCACCAGGAGCAGCAGAAUGACCAGGGCAACAAGCUCCACCACCAGCCGCCGUCCGACGACAGCAGGAACCACUACCAGCAGCAGCAGCCGUUCGACGAUGGCAACAAUUACUAGCAGCGGCAACAGCCCGACGACGGACAUUUCCACCACUAGAGGCAGGAGCCCGUUACCAGCCACAGCCACCACCAGCAGCAUCCAUACGACGGCCACAACUACCAGCAGCAGCAGUCCGGCGGCCGCCAAGAUGUCUUCCAGAAACAGCAGCCCGACUACGGCCAGCAACAGCAGCAGGAGCAGCAGCAGCAGCCCUAUUACAGCCACCACCUCAACCAGUAGUAGCCCGACGACGUCAACAACCAGCACCAGCAGCCCCAGCCCGACGACGGCAACAACCACCAGCAGGAGCAGCCCAACGACAUCCACAACUACCAGCAGCACCAGCCCGACGACUGCCACAACUACCAACAGGAGCAGCCCGAGGACCGUCACAACUACCAGCAGCACCAGCCUGACGACGGGAACAACUACCAACAGCAGCAGCCCGACAACAGCCACAACUACCAGCAGUAGCGGCCCAGCGACGGCCAUGACUACCAGCAGCAGCAGCCAGGCGGUGGCCAGGGCGUCCGCCAGCAGCGGCCCUACGAGGAGCACCACUACAACCGCCAGCACGAACAGCCCUGCGGCGGACACAACUAUUAGUAUCAGCAGCUCAACAGCGGCCAAUGUGUCCUUAGGCAACAGCCCGGGGACUACAAGCAACACCAUGGCUACGACGGCUACAACUACCAGCAACACCAGCACAACAACUGCUACAACCACCAGCAGCAGCAACCCAAGGAUGGCCAUAGCCACCACCACCACCAGCAGCAGCAGCCCGGCGGCGGGGUCCACCACCAGCAGCAGCAGCCUUUCGGCGGCCACAACUACCAGCAUAAGCAGCUCGGCGGCUGUCAAGGUAUCCUCCAGCAGAAGCAGCUCGACGACGACGACAACUACCAGCAGCACCAGCCCAACGACUGCCACAACAGUCAGCAGCAGCAGCCCAACGACGGCCACCACCGCCAGCAAGAGCAGCCUGACGACGGUCACAUUUACCAGCAACAGCAGCCCGGCGGCACUAACAAGUACCACCAAUAGCGGCCCGACGGCGAGCAAGGUAUCAUCCAACAGAGGCAGCUCGACGACGGCGGCCACAACAACCAGCAGCAGCAGUCUGGCAGGCGCCAAGGUGUCCUCCAGGAGAAACACCCCGACUACGGCCACCACCACCAGCAGCAGCAGCCCUACCACUGCAACAACCACCAACAGCAGUAGCAGCCCGACGAUGUCCACAACCAGCACCAGCAUCCCGUCGACGGCCACCAGCAGCAGCAGCAUCAACAGCAGCAUGUUCACGGCAACAACAACCACCAGCAGCAGUAGCAGCAGAAUGACCAGGGCAACAAGCACCACCAGCAGCAGCCGUCCGACGACGGCAACAACCACCAGCAGGAGCAGCCCAACGACAUCCACAACUACCAGCAGCACCAGCCCGACGACUGCCACAAGUACCAACAGGAGCAGCCCGAGGACCGUCACAACUACCAGCAGCACCAGCCUGACGACGGGAACAACUACCAACAGCAGCAGCCCGACAACAGCCACAACUACCAGCAGCAGCAGUCCGGUGGGCGCCAAGGUUUCCACCAGAAGCUACAGCCCGACUACGGCCACCACCACCAGGAGCAGUAAAAUGACCAGGGCAACAAACACCACCACCAGCAGCAGUCCGACGACAGCAGUAACGACUACCAGCAGCAGCCGUUUGACGACGGAAACAACCAGUAGCAGUGGCAACAGCCCGACGACGGACAUUUUCACCACUAGAGGCGGGAGCCCGUCAACAGUCACAACCACCACCAGCAGCAGCAGUCCGGCGGCCGCCAAGGUGUCUUCCAGGAGCAGCAGCCCGACUACGGCCAGCAACAGCAGCAGGAGCAGCAGCAGCAGCCCGACUACAGCCACCACCUCAACCAACAGCAGGAGCGGCAGGAGCCCAAAGACAGCCACAACUACCAGCAGCACCAGCUCGAUGACGGCCACAACUGCCAGCAGCAGCAGCAUCUCGACGACCGCCACAACCAGCAGCAGCACCAGGCUUCCGACUGCCACAACUACCAGCAGCACCAGCCCGACGGCUGCGAGAACUACUACCGCCAGCACCAGCCCGACGACGGCCACCACCACCAGUUCCAGCACGACGACGGCCACCACCGCCACCACCACCACCAGCCAGACGACGACCACCACCACCACUACCUCCAGCCCGACGGCGACCACAACUACUACCAGCAGCAGCAGCCGCACGACGGCGACCACCACCAGCAGCAGCAGGCCGACAACGGCAGCCACCACCACCAGUAGCACCAUCCCUACAACAGCCACAACUACCAGCAGCAGCAGUCCGGCGGCCGCCAAGGUGUCCUCCACGAGGAGCAGCCCGACGACGGCCAACACCACAAGCAGCAGGAGCCCGACCACGGCCACCACCACCAGCAGCAGCAUCCCGACGACGGCUAAGGCGUUUACUAAAUCUGAACAGGGCAUCUACAAUCCGGCGAAAGUCGAAUAUGGUUUGAAGUUGACCAUUUCCAUCAACGUAGUAUUCAACGUGAGCAAGAAAAAAGAGUAUACCAUGGAUUUUGAGAACAAGCUGACCAUCGCUUACCAGAACAUCCCUGGGUUCAUCAAAGUGACAAUACUUCAUGUAAGACCAGGAAGUGUGAUGUGUGAUCACGAGGUCAAAUUCGACGCCAUCAAAGUUCAGAAAGAUGGGAACAUGGUUGACGUCACCCACAUCAUCGAGGAUGAGGUGCUGGAGAAAGGAUUACCGUAUCUCAGGAAUGUUACCAUUGCUAAUGGCACUGUGAAUGAAAAAAAGUUCAAGAAAUCAUUAAAGAGAGCUAGGAGACAUGCUAUUCUCCACACGUGUAGUGUAGUGACACUUGACUGCGCUCCUGGUUUCAACUGCAACUCGUCAGACAGUGCAAAACCUGUCUGUCUGUCAGACUGUGAGACGGAAACCGGCCGUGAGAAAUGCGGAAGUCAUGGCACAUGCACUCUGAGGAGUAACGGGAAUAUGACAUGCGUUUGCACCGAGACUCCGAAGGAAAUUUACAGUGGACACGACUGCAGUAUUCGGGUGGAGAAAUUCCGUUUAGAAAAGAAUAAAAUAAUCGCCAUUGGAGUCGGAGCUGGAGGAGGCGUUCUCCUCGUUUUCAUAAUUAUCAUCAUUAUCCUGAUUCGCAAACUACGGAAGCCCAAGAACAGAAACAGAUCCAAGCGUAGAGGAUUUGAGGAGGUGGGAAACUUCUCGUCAAGGGAGUUAACCAGCAUCCGAGUAUCAGACCUGGAGUUACGGGACUCAGAGCAGAAGGACACAAACCCUGACAGGACGGCUAUCAAUGGGAGAUAUAAUGCUGCAUGUACUAAUAAGCCUUAUUCCGGUGAGUAUGGUGCUACAGUAGACUCGAGAUGGAAUAUGCACACUCCAAGUUCACACAGCUUCGCUGAUGACCAAAGCCUGGACGAGGCAAGAUUGGAACAGAACUUGCGCACGCUACAGCCAAUAGGAAAGUGCAUCAUAGAGAGGCCUAAAUUCUCGUUUCAAAUAUAGACGACCAGAAAUCAACCGACACGGGACGACACCAUGGCUUCAUGCA